CUCUCCUUACACACACAGGGUCUGUCUCUCUACACACACAGGGUCUGUCUCUCCUUACACACAUUUUUAUUACAGGCCAGAUAAUGACAUGACAUUUAGAUUAGGUUCUGCACAUUCACCUCUAUACACAACACUUUAAAACGCUUCAGUAACGGGUUGGUUUGCUUUAGUUAGUCAAAAAUGCCCUUGAGGUUUAAUCAUUGUCUCAACUGCCCGCAUUACUGACGUUUUAAAGGAAGAUAUUUUAGGGUUAAUGAAGUGUAAUUCCACUGUUGGCCUGCAGAGGGAGACACACAACUAUAAACGGACCACGUCAGACAUUUUUAAAGAGCCCAUUUAUCUGAUAUAAACUUUAAAGAUGAAUAUUUAAUUAACUGUACAUAACCGUCUACAAGGAUCUUUAGGUAAUCUCUAUCCUAUUCAAAUAAUCUUGACAGUCUCUGUCUGCAUGUACUGUGAUUUGCUUUAUAAACGCAGUUAUAACGUGUAUUGUCACCGAUUAUUACUGCACAGAGUUCACCGAUGUGUCUGCCGCGGUUCUCAGCCUCGCGCUGUAGAUCAGUACAUCAGGCAGGGGCCUACGGGCGCGCGGGUAGCAGCUCCCCGGCGCGCGCUCUCUCUCUCCCCCUCCAUCCCUCUGUAGUUCAAAAACGAACUAGCCAGAUUAACUUGUUUGAAUUAAACCCAUAAACAGUUUUCUUUGUAUAGUUGUUUGCUCGGUAGUUUAGUGUUGUAAGUAUAGCAUGGAAGCACGCGGUUUCCGAGAGGACCGUGGUGCAGAGCGCGCAGAUCUGACCUUCAACCACCCAAAAUGGAGCCCAGGAGAGGAAUCCGGACUGGCCUCUGGAAAGCGGACUACCCCAUGUCCUCAUACAAACCGAGUCACGUUUCUGUGUCAUGCUGUUAAAAAUGAAAGCAAAGCAUCUCCUCUGAGCAGGGUUUGCAGCUCGGAGAAUAACUAUGGUACCGAGAAUGUCUGUUCAGGUGCUGGUCCGUGCUUUAAAGAGUCUCAGCACACCUGCCGUCUGGAAAUGGACAGCAGCGCGCGGGCCAGGCGCCCACGGUACCAUCUCCGCUCCGGUUGCGGCGGCGCGCGUUGCUUCACACGCACGUGAUGGCUAUCGGGACCCUUUAGAUUUGUUGUUUGCGUACAGAUGGUUUACUGAAGUUGUAAAAAGAACUUUUAUUCCAGUUAAAGAAUCAUGUAGAAACCAGUCAGGCAUGAGUGAAGAGCAGAUCACGAGACUCGAUCAUUUCGGAGUUUAAAAGGGGACCCGCGUGCCUUGUGAAACUUAGCGGAGAUUGUGUUCGGCUGCGUAUUACGUGACAGUUUGAGGAGUCGCAAAAUGUGUCAUUUGUUUUAGAUUUUUCCUGCGCCGGCUGGAAAUGUGAAAACCACGUGAGAGGAAUGUGCGAUGACGGCGUCCGACGGAGCGCGAGCGUACUCGCGCACCUCGCGCUCCCAGCGCGCUGACAUGCACAUCGCACGGUAGCGCAGCUCUCUAGAACCGGACAAGCGCGAGCAUUCCUGCAUGUGACCACCAGCUGCGCGUCGUUGCGUCUUUCGGGUUCUUCCUUCCUUUCACCUGCUCGGUUCACGCGCCAUGGCUUGGCCGUGCAUCAGCAGAGUGUGCUGCUUGGCUCGGUUCUGGAACGAGUUCGACAAAUCGGAUCUGUCCGUUCCGCUGACCAUCCAGAACUACUCGGACAUCUCGGAGCAUGAGGUUCGCUCCGUCACCAAGCACGUUAUCGCGGAACGAGCACCGAGCAGCGACUCUGUGAGCGCGCCGCAGGACGGUGGCGGCGCACGCCCGUGUCGUGGUCGGCCUCGUGAAGACUACCGCCCUCCGGGAGUGCCGUUCCCGAGCGUCACACAGUACAAGCAGGAUUAUAAACCAUGGCCUAUUCCCAAGAAAGACAACUUUCCCUGGAUUAGUAACGGCGGCAGUGCAAGCGGCGCUCACGCGCCCAGCCCGGGCAACAGUUCUUACAGUGGCAGGAGAGCGGAAAAAGAGGAGCGCGUGAGCCAGCAGAAGCACGCGGAGGAGACUGUGGAUGUGACCAGCACGAGCUCGUACAGACAGGAGUUCCGGCCCUGGGCAGGAGUCCGGCCACCGAGGCCUGCCCAGAAGAAGCCUGCGUUCCUGGGCACGGGCAGCAGCGUGCUCCCUCCUGAGACAAGCUACCGGGCGGCCUUCAGCGCGGACGCGCACAGGCCUCUGGACGACGCGGCCCACGCUCAGCACGGCAGCCACGCCGAGCCAGGGGGCAGGACCGAGGAGCAGCUGACGAGGUCCAAGUCUCCGAACCCGUCAGCCGUGUUCCAGAGCAGAUCCCGGAUCUUCAACGUAUGAACCGGAGGUUCAACGUGAGAGCACUUCUGAGUGAAAACAUGGCCGUAACGCCACGAAAGGAUUCUACAUUACCCCAAUGCACAUGCCACAAGCACCUCAGCCAGCUUCAAGGGAACAUCUCCAAAGAUACAGCACAGAGAACUGCAGUGCCACAGGAAAAUCUAAGGGGUCAUCUGAAAAUGACACAAGGUGUUGUAAAGUGAACAGGGCACGCUACACUGAAGCUGGAAGUGAUAUGAGCAGAGUGGGAACAGGAUUGGGCCUCUGCUUUUCCAAACCAUUCCGUAGUGGCGCCUGCGUGGAAUACCAGGAGGAGAAUUGCAGGAAGAGCACUAUUUGGUAGGGGGGAAAUCUGUGCAAGAAAACAUCCGUGUAGUGCAUGUGCGUAAUAUUACGGAGUCGCAUCCGUACUAGUUUGACGGGUGAGAUAAAAGGGAGGUAACAAAUCCUGCUAAUUGAUCUGACUCCAGGGGGAGACUCAGUUAUGCAUGUUUGUCAUUUAAACAAGCUUUUUAACUAGUGUACUGAGAGAAAUUAAACAUCUAACCGAUUGCUUCUGAGUGACAGUGAGUGUGUGUGAGGCUGGAAUAAUCUGGGGUUUGAGUUUGAAGUCUAGGUUACGUUAACUGUUUUAGGGUUAGUUCUUGAGCCCCUGAGAUCUCAUCCGUGUGCGUCUAACUCUGAUACUGACCCAUUUAUUAAACAAACAUCUACUGCGUGGAAUUAUAUUUUAUUUUUAUUAGUAAACAAGUAACAGUAUUGUACCAUUGUUAAUUCACCUUGUAAAUUUGAUCUUGUUAGAAAUUAAAAAGUAGAGGAUGUUGAAAUAAAAACGUUAAGUUCUUAAAAUUGUGCCUCAUGAUGUAUUUCUGGGUGAAAAAGUCAUCAGCCAAUAUGUAACCCACAGAAACCCACAUCCACAGGAACCAGUUUGAGAUGGAGAUGUUUGCUAAGGUGGGUCUCUGGUCUCUAAGAAAUAACUGAAUGGCUGAUACAAUAAUAAACUACUGGUGAAGGAUGAAGUCACUGGAAUCGUUCUGUCCGCUGCACUGGUUUGUUCAAUACCAUUAGGGCUCCUACUGGGAGGACAGGACAAUUUAUUAUAGAUGAACGAUACUUUAACCAGAGGGACAGAGCAAGCCUGAGUGUGUGUGUGUUAUGUAAGCUCUCUGGAGUUUAAACACAGAUACACUGAGUGUGUGUGUGUUAUGUAAGCUUUCUGGAGUUUAAACACAGAUUCACUGAGUGUAUGCGUGUUAUGUAAGCUUUCUGGAGUUUGAACAGAUUCACUGAGUGUAUGUGUGUUAUGUAAGCUUUCUGGAGUUUAAACAGAUUCACUGAGUGUAUGCGUGUUAUGUGAGCUUUCUGGAGUUUAAACACAGAUUCACUGAGUGUGUAUGCGUGUUAUGUAAGCUUUCUGGAGUUUAAACACAGAUUCACUGAGUGUGUAUGCGUGUUAUGUGAGCUUUCUGGAGUUUAAACACAGAUUCACUGAGUGUGUAUGCGUGUUAUGUAAGCUUUCUGGAGUUUAAACAGAUUCACUGAGUGUGUAUGCGUGUUAUGUAAGCUCUCUGGAGUUUAAACAGAUUCACUGAGUGUGUAUGCAUGUUAUGUAAGCUCUCUGGAGUUUAAACAGAUUCACUGACAGAGCAGAACUACCAACCUGAACACUGCAAUUAAAUCUGUUAUUCAUCCGACCCAAAUAAAGUGUUGAAAACACGUCAACAGUGAAGGGUGUUGCCUGUUUCAAGUCUGAUAACUAUGACUGAUGUCUGAUUAUUCUGACGGCUGUCAAGGGCACAAAAAAGCCAAAAAUUGCAAAUGUCAUCUGCUAAUAGUGAUGAUAAGAGGAAGAGUUUUAUCAGACCAUGUCUGAUGUCUGUUCCAUUCUGGUUGCACUCUUCAACCCUCUCACAGAGCAGGGAGGAUGAGGAAGAAAUAUGAGGACAUCUGA